AUGUUGUUGGCAUCGUCGGCUGCGGUAGCCGCUCGAAGCGGCAGCAGAGCAGCAGGAGUAGCAGCGGCUUCGUUAACGCAAAUGCAGCAAAAAAGAAAUGUUUCGAAAGAGAUUCGUUUCGGCUCAGAUGCACGCAUGCAGAUGCUUGCUGGCUGUAAUCGUCUCGCCGACGCGGUCGGUGUGACGCUAGGCCCGAAAGGCCGCAAUGUUGUCAUUGCCCAGCCGUUUGGCUCUCCUAAGAUAACAAAAGAUGGAGUGACAGUUGCGAAGUCUAUUGAGCUCCCAAACAAAACGGAAAACCUCGGGGCUCAGCUGCUCAAGCAGGUGGCGGCUACAACAAACGAUAUUGCUGGCGACGGUACAACAACAGCAACAAUCCUCGGACGGUCCAUUUUCAAGGAAGGCUGCAAAGCAAUUGACGCCGGGAUGAACCCUAUGGAUGUUCUCAGAGGCAUCCACCUGGCCGUCGAUUCAGUCCUGUCUGCCCUCUCUGCUUCUCGGAAAGAGAUCUCGACUACGGAAGAGAUCGUGUCAGUUGCAACUAUUAGCGCCAAUGGAGAUGCUCAAGUUGGAAACCUUAUUGGCGAGGCAAUGAAGAGGGUCGGAAGGGAAGGCACUAUUACAGUAGCAGAAGGAAAAGCGUUCCAACAUGCGCUAGAUGUUGUUGAGGGCUUAAGGUUUGACAGGGGAUAUUUGAGCCCGUAUUUCAUUACGAAUACAAAGGAACAAAAAGUGGAACUUGAGGCCCCCUAUGUCCUAUUGGUGGAUAAGAGGCUUUCACAAAUACAGCAGCUGCUGCCAGCCCUCGAAUUCAUCCUGCAAAACCAGGCGGCGCUUCUUAUUGUUGCAGAGGACGUGGAGAGUGAGGCGCUGGCCACACUGGUGGUUAACAAAUUGCGCCUUGGCCUCCGUGUAUGUGCCGUGAAAGCCCCAGGCUUUGGGGAGGGCAGGAAGGCGCAGUUGUACGAUCUGGCGACUCUUACAGGCGGGAAGGUCUUGAGCGAUGACACUCCAUCCCUGGCUGAUGAGAAAGCAGAUGUUGUGGCGAUGCUGGGAAAGGCCAAGAGCGUCGUGGUGACGAAAGACUCGACUCUGAUGAUGGAGGGCAAAGGCGACAAGGCAGAAAUUGCGGAGAGGUGUGACCAGCUACGGACACUCAUUCAGCAAACAAAUUCAGAAUACGAAAAGGAGAAGCUUCAGGAGCGACUAGCUCGCUUAACUGGCGGUGUUGCAGUAAUCAAGGUUGGAGGGGCCUCGGAAGUUGCAGUGGGAGAAGCGAAGGAUAGAAUCCAAGAUGCACUUUGUGCUACAAGGGCAGCUGUUGAGGAGGGCAUUGUGCCAGGGGGAGGCGUGGCACUCCUAUAUGCUUCCCAAGGCCUGAAGGACUUGAAGGUCGAUAACGCUGAACAGCGGGUCGGUAUACAGAUUGUGCAGAAGGCCUGCGAAGUGCCAUGCAAGCUCAUUGCUGACAACGCUGGCCAUGAGGGAGCAGUUGUUGUUGGAAACCUCCUGAGGCACAACGACACCAACCUCGGGUUUAACGCUCAAACGGGAGAAUAUGUCAACAUGAUCGACGCAGGCAUCAUCGACCCAACAAAAGUUGUGAAAACAGCGCUCAGUGACGCCUCCUCUGUCGCCUCUUUGAUGGCAACCACCGAGGCAGCAGUGGUCGAUGCACCCGAACCGCGAGCGAACGCUGAUGCAGCCCCGUCAGCUGCGGGAGGCAUGCCCAUGGGAGGCAUGUUCUAA